AAGAAGUUUGAAUAAAUUAAAAUUUGACAGGCAUUCAUGAAUAUAGUGAAGAUGAAAGCAGCAAGAGAAAUAUUUUUUAUUGUGGGUGUGUGUGUAGCAUUAAUUAGUGGGAUGUCAGAUGAAAUGAAAGAUUUACUGGAUAGUCUACAUGCCCAAUGUUUAUCCGACUCGGGAGUAAACGAAGAGUUAAUAUCCAAGGCACAAAAAGGAGAAUUUGAGGAAGAUGAAAAACUAAAAUGUUACAUGAGAUGCAUUUUCGAUGAAACAGGGUUGUUUGGAGAUGAUGGAAAAAUAGAUGUAGAGGGAAUGGUUUCAAUGCUACCCGAUGAAAUAAAAGAACCCUUUGCUCCUACCGUCAGAAAAUGUGGAGGUUUAGUGUCAGGAAGCCCUUGUGAACAAUCUUUUAAGAUGUACAAAUGUUGUUUUGAUGAAGCACCACAAUAUUACUUCCUCCCAUAACGUCGAAGUGAUAGUAUCAUAAUGCAUUUGAAUAUGGACUGUACGAUUAUAGAACUAUUAAAUGUGAUUUAGUUUUAAGUGACACCAUAAUAUUAAUAAAAUAAUGGGAAUAUU